AUGGCGGAUAAAUCAGAAAGAGACCCUGAUGGGGACGAUUUUUCGCCCCGAUCACAGUAUAGAGUUAAGGAUGAACCAAUGGAUAUGGAUUUUCCGGAGGAAGAGGAAGAACCACCAGCUUUUGGCCCUGCUGCGCUUGGCCUUCAUAGAGUUGGCACUAAGUUACCGCCAAAACCAGCACCAAGUGAACCCGUCCAAAAGCUUAACGCUCGCGGUAUGCCAGCUCGAAUAAGGAAGAAAAAUAGAUUUAUAUUUGUUGACGAUUUUGUUAAUACUUCACCACCACGUCAAUCACCAAAACGGACACCUAAAAUCAUAGCUAAAACUCCCAACAAACAAUCAAGUGCUAAGAAACAGAAGUCACCUACAAAAGUUCAAAGAUCAAAUGAUAAAUAUGAUGAAAAGGCUGAACCUACUGGAACACAAUCUCCUGACACCAGAUCUGGGCACAGAAUUGGAAUGAGGUUAAGGAACUUGUUAAAGUUACCAAAAGCCCAUAAAUGGGUUUGUUUUGAGUACUUCUACAGUAACAUUGACAAAGUUUUAUUUGAUGGAGAAAACGAUUUUAUGAUUUGUUUGAGAGAAUCAUUUCCACAGCUUACUAACCGUAAGUUAACACAAGUGCAAUGGUCUAAAAUUCGAAGAAUGAUGGGUAAACCUCGGAGAUGUUCCCAGGCAUUCUUUGAUGAAGAGCGUAAGGAAUUGGAAAGAAAACGCAAAUUAAUAAGAUUUAUACAACAAAGAAAAGCUGCUGACAUUAGUGUUAAAGAUUUACCAAAUGAAAUACCAAUGCAAUUAGUAGUGGGGACUAAAGUAACAGCAAGAUUGCGUAAACCACAAGAUGGCUUAUUUACAGGUUGUAUAGAUGCAGUAGACACAUCUAAUAAUACAUACAGGAUAACAUUUGAACGACCAAGACUUGGCACACAUUCAGUACCAGAUUAUGAAGUUCUAUCCAAUGAACCUCCUGAUACUAUAAGUCUUUCUAGUAUAACAAAGAAGUUUCGUCCACGGUUUGUUCUCCAAGAUAUAUUUAGCUUGUAUGAACCUACAAACAACAACGCACAAGGUGAUCCUCUUAUUGGUUGUUCAGAUAUAGCUAAACAAAUAGACACUAUAGGCAGUUACCCAUAUGCACUUCUAGAGCUAAUUGUAAAACUAAGAAGAAUAUUGAAUGCUAAACGGCAUAAAAUAAAAUUACUCAAGGAGUACAAUAGUGAUGCUGAGAAAAUAAAAUCAUUUGGCCAAAAGAUGCCUGAAGAUUUUGAAAGAAAAUAUGCUUCAGUUGUAAUAGACUUGGAAAGAAUGAAUAUGGAUUUACAAGAUUAUAUUAAUGAUGUUCAACAAUACUGCCAACAAAUAGCCCCAGAGCCUAGUCUAGCUGCAAUGUUAGUGCCUUCACAUCUGAGAGAAAUAUGCCGAGAAAAGGCAUCUUUGUUAGUAGAAAAAAAUAAUAAUGGAUCAGUUAAAGACGCCAACUUAAUUGACCUUAUCACAGACCUUAUCGCUUUAAUGCUUCAAGUUAAAAGCCUGUCAGAUUCUGAUCAAAAUGCAUAUGAAUUAAGUGUUUUGCAAGGUACAAUGGAACAAAUAAAAAUGAAAUUGGAACCACAUCAUCAAAAAUUAUUUCAAAAUAAUGUAGAAAUUCAUAUGCAUAGAAUUCAAAUGGGAUUAGGCCAAAUGACCACUAACAGUUUUGUUGCUGGUACUUAG